AUGGCCAUGGCACAUCGAAAGGCAGAGACCGAUACUCAAAUGAGUGUUUGGGCAUUCAAACCAGCAGCUCACCCAGCUACCUCGUAUCCAUCGAUCAAUAGUACUUUCCAACCUGCUACUACGGAAGAUAUUAAAGCAGAAAAUUCGAAAAGCGAUCCAUUGAAAUCUAUCUCAUUGUGGUCGUCUUUUAAAUAUGGUCUUACCGUUGGUAUAUUGUUCGGUGGUACAAUAUUCGCUAUAGUUCUUACUAUCUGGUUGAUGUCACCAUCAACUGCAAUCGAAAAAACUACAUCAACAACAACAACGAGUACAACAACGACGACUACAGCAACAUUCUUUUCAUGUGGUUAUUCGUGCGUAGGCCAAACAUGGGCUUCGACAAUCAAUCAACUCGCUCAAUGGUCAUUUGAUGGAACCGUUCGUGAUAAUACAAACAAUUACUUGACUUCUACAAGCGUAACUCCAACAUUUAUUACUGGAUACAAUAAUCAAGCGCUUUUUCUCAAUUCUACAUUGAACCCAUCGCUUUCGACAUCAUAUAUUCCUUUGGGAAAUACUAGUUUUACCAUUGAUGCCUGGCUGUAUCCUACGACUUUUUCGAAUUCAUCCGACCAAGUUCUAGUUUCCAUGUGUCCUGUGAUUAACAACAGCAGUUGCUUGUACUUGGCUAUUCGCAGAAAUAAUUCGAACCACUAUUUGAGUUUUGGCUUCUACAACGAUGACUUAUGGGGAGCAACUAUCUUAUCACUUAAUCAAUGGAUUCAUGCUGCAUUCGUAUUCGACAUCAGUGCGUUUCAACAAUCGAUCUAUCUCAAUGGAUUUCUCGAUAGUUCGCGCAAUACAUUCAAUCCAUUACUAGCGUUUUCAGGAAAUUUUUGCAUUGGCUACAAUUCAAUCAUGUUUCUGGGCAACACAUCGUUUGAGGGGUAUAUAGAUCAACUGUCAGUAAGUUCUCGAGCCAAGUCUUCUUGUGAAAUACUCGAAGAGGCUUCACUCGAGGCAUGGCUUACAUUCGAUAAUGGAAGAUUGCCACUUCUCGACAUUGGACCCUAUUCAUUAUCAGUUACUGCCUCCGCAUACACCAUAAUAUCCGGUCGUUGGUCUUCUCCAGCAAUUUCGUUACUUGGCUAUUCGCAGAAAUAA